UUGCAGCGGGUGCGCUGACGCUCAGUAGACUGCGACCGAAGUUCACUGGCUUAAAUCCCGGGUCUUGUACUUUCAAUUUCUAUGGAAAAUUACAAUACAAAUCCCAGAUGCCGAGACGCUGUGGAGCCCAGAAAGCCAAUCACCCCGGGGCUGAUGUUCUCGGCCACUCUCGUGGGCAACAUCUUGGCACUGGUCCUGCUACAUGUCCGGCGCAGGAGGACCAGCCCGUCCCUGUACAAGGUCCUGGUGACUGCGCUCCUCAUGACGGACCUGCUUGGCUCCAUCUCUGUCAGUCCUGUUGUACUGUCAGCUUAUGCUCAGAAUAAGUCACUGUUGGAAAUGGGUACAGACAACAAGGUGUGCUCCUACUUUGGCUUCAGCAUGACCUUCCUGAGCCUUUCCACGCUGGCCAUGCUGUGCGUAAUGGCGCUCGAGCGCUACGUCUCCAUAGGCCACCCUUACUUUUACGGGCGGCACCUGAGCAAACGCUGUGGUUACAUCACUAUCGCGUUCAUCUACCUGAGCAGCAUCCUUUUCUGCAUAAUUCCCUUUAUGGGCCAGGGUAAAUACAAGCAGUACGCCCCGGGCACCUGGUGCUUCCUGGAUAUGGCGACUAAAGACUUUAGACUUUAUAUCGGAUUUUACGCGUCUUUCAUCCUCAUCAUAAUCACCACCACGGUAGUAUGCAACGUGUAUGUUAUUUUCCUCUUGGUAUCGAUGUACAGGAGGGGCAAAGUGCGCCGCAGAGGAGUGUCUGCGCGCCCCCGGUGCCACAGGUCUCUAUCCAUGACGGAGGAAGUGGAGCAUCUCCUGCCGCUGGCUAUCAUCACUGUGGUCUUCAUCUGCUGCACCUUCCCCUUAGUGCUCCAAGUGUACAUAAACCUAACCAGCGACGGGGAUUGUCAUAAGGAUGACCUCAGAGCUCUCCACUUACUGUCAUUCCACUCCAUCCUGAACCCUUGGGUCUUCAUCAUCCUCCGUCCCUCCGUUCUGAAAAUCGUUUGGAGGAAGUUGCGCAGAAGGCAGAAGUCCCCAUUCAUCUGGGGGCAGACCCAGAAUGCUCAGUCCAAACAAACGGGGGGAAGGCCUUGCUGUGCAGUUCCAGAGACAGGAAAAUGAGGAUGACAGAGGACAUGGAUUUGGAUAAGUUACAUGAGGCCUCUCUGGCCUUGGGUGUAGUCUCUGUCUGAGUAUGGAUUGUAGAAGAAGGCUAAAGAUAAACAGAGCUGCUCUUGCCACAUAUCAAACAGCGCGGUUUUAAUAAGAGGAAAUGCUCCAGAAGUCAUUGCAGUGAGAGGUCAUGUGACUCUGUCAGCUGCUUUCCAGAAAGUCGAACUGUGGUGAAACAGUCAGUGUCAAUUAUCAGAGCGGGCCCAUCUAUUCUGUCAAACUGCAGUUUGUUUGAACAGUGUAUGAUUACUGAGCUGAAGGUGAGACCAGUUGACAGUGGAUAGUUACAUACAGGUUUCAUCAUGUAUAUGAAAUACAGUAGGUUCCUCAGUUUAAGGAAAUGAACAUAUAUAGCGUACAGUAUAGUCUGAGGACAUGAGAGUCAGCUGACAUCAGGAUGUGAGGACCAUGACCAUGAGCCUGUCACAGACUGCCAAGUUUGGCACACGAGUAAAUAGAAAUAUAAUAAAUCCAAUUAUAUCACAGUGCUCUAUUCAAAAAUGUAUAAGUACCUGGAAUUUAUAUAAUGAAACUUACGAAUAAAGGCUUCAAAUGAUUCCAUAUUCACAUACAUGUAGUUGUUAGUUGAUGACAAAUACAUUAAUAAAUGCUAAAAAACGUCAUGUCU